UCAGAAUUAUUUAAAUUUUUAUUUUCUCAUGUUUUAUUUCCCCAGUUGUUUUUAUAUUUCUUCUGCUUGCUUCUACCCCUCGCGCAGCCCCAACUUCCACAGUGGAUCGAUCAGCACGGAUCGCUAGAGGGCGAUAGCAAUUCUUUUAUUGUUCACCCUCAAAGGAGAAGUGUCCUUCUUGAAACUCAAAAUCAUGUGCCAUCAUCCUAUAGAAGGGUAUUACGACAAACACAAACCGGUGAAGUUAAUUGUAAUGCUCCAUGGGAUGGAAGAUUUCCUAUUUUGAUCCUGCACUUGCUGGGGGUAUUACUGGAGGUGCUGGGAUUAAAGCAAGAUUGAACCAGCGAGCUUUUCAAUAUUUAUCUACAAUUGCGGCAGGCAUUUUAAAUUAUUACAUAAAAAGGACAAGACUUCCAAAUAUUCAGCAAUGCAUUCCACAGCUUAAUGGGUGUAUUAAUGUUUACAAUUUGUAUGUAUCGCGUUUUAGAUGUCCAGAAAGGGUACUAGUUUAUCCAGCUCCUCCAAAUCAAAUAGUGCUGGAUGUACAUAAUCUUGAUAUAGGGGUAACAGGAAAUCUCGGAGGUCAAAUAGUUAUACUUAUACCUAUAGCCUUAUUUGGAAUUGUACAAGUAAAUGCUCAUCAGGUUAGUGUACGUGUAGGUGUAACUAUAGCUGCGGGUCCUGAUGGAGGCCCUGUGAUUCGAAUGGUUAGCUGCGCUGCUAGUGUAGGAUUUGUAGAUGUAUUUAUACAGAAUGGGGGUCUAGUUGGCGAUAUUGCUAACGCUCAUUUUAGGGGAAAAAUUAGCGAAAUGGUUAGACAACAAAUUCCCGGCCAGCUUUGCCAAAGAUUGCCAGGAAUAAUUGAUUCUGAAGUAAACUCAAAAAUAUCGCAAUUAGUUCCAAGACUGAUUCCUCUCUCAUCAUUGCUACAAAUUGCCCUAAAUGCUUUUGGUUUAGAGAAUUUAUUGGGUGGAAACCCUACUAAAAGAGCCUGCCCCGCUUCAUGCAAAAAACGAAAGUUGGCAGCUGCCCAUGCAGCAGGAUCAUCUUCCAAUUCAACAGUACUUGUAUUACCUCCCCAUUCAUCACAUGAUAAAUUAGUUUCAACAAAAAAUGGUGGAAGAGUUAUUAAAAACAACGAGGAUCCUUCACUAAAAUUGAUCAGUGGAACAGCAAUAAAUGGAAACUCGAAUGGGCAAAUAUUAUCUAGACCUUCAAAUCAUCCUCCUCAUGCUGUACAACCCAUCAAACCGCAGCAUAUUGGAAGGGGAAGUCUUCCAAGAGUUGUUUCAAUUAACGUUGCUGGGACUAUGAAUACUGGAAGGACUAGAAUUAAUCCACCAACAAUAGCUGCACCUAUCCCCCCACGCGCACAGAGACCCGUUCGAAACGUUAACAACCAGUUUGAAAUGGCAAAAACUCGAGAUGACCGUGCUACUCCUUCAGAAUCUGGGAGACUGACGUUUUUAGAUCCAGGCGAAAAUAAUUGCGAAAAUUGUACAAACACUGUUGGAGAAGAAAAUCCGUUAGCGUUUCUGACUACAAUAUUACAUUCAAUGGAUUUGCGCAAACUCAACAACAUAUUUUUAAAUAUUCAACUUUUACAAACUUAUGCAACUACAAGAGAUUUCACAAUAGAAGUCAAUGGCGGAUUUUCUGUUUGUGGGCGAGGUUGUACACCUUUCGGCCCUUUUCCAAUGCAGUUUCCCCCCUGUGUGAAUUGUAAAAUGGUGGAGGCUUUAAUUAGCGAUUAUUCAAUAAAUUCGUUACUUUAUCACUUACACAAUACCGGCUUCAUUCGAAUUCGAGUAGGCCCAGAGACUCCCAAAUUUGGCGAUUUAUUGAAAACAACUUGUGGGGAAAGUGAAGAUGAAGGGGGUGAUACAGAAUUAGAAGACCAUGGAGUUGAAACUGAGGAAGGCGAAGGGGCAUCAACUGCUUCACCUGCAAUAAAUGUUGAAGUAAAGAAGAAGGUUGCAGCAAAGAAGUUAAAGUCUUUAAAGCGUUUAAAGAGACAAGAUGCUAGUGAUUUGUCAAGCUUGGGCAUUUGUUUGGGAGAUAUUUUACCUUCUGUUCGAGAGAAAUUCCCAAAUCAACGUGUUUAUAUAAUUAUAAGCACGGAACGAGCCCCAUCAGUGCAGCUUAGUGGAUCGAAUGGGGGAACAGCAUUAAUUAAUGCUGUACUCAAUGCUGAGUUCCAUAUAGAAUCGUCAAAUGCCGUAGCUGGGACUAUCAGAAUAGAUGCUUCUCUUAUUGUUACAAUUAAUGGACAGGGAAAUAGAAUAUCUGCACAUGCAAACAUUACUAGGUUAAAUCUUCAGGAUGUAGGAAAUCAGUUGGGAUUGCCUCAAGAUGCACUCGACAACUUGGGAACUUUGGGAAAGGAUAUUCUUCUUAAGGCCGCCAACGAUGCUUUGGAGAAAGGCACAGAGUUGAAUAUCCCUGCAAACAUUGCUGGAUUGCCUAUUACAAUAGUCAACCCAAGUAUACACUUCCUUGAACAUGCCCUUCUUAUCCAAACAGAUUUCACUUUAAAUCCAAAUGCAUUAGGCGGAUACGAGCCCUGUCCUUCUACUAGAACAUGUUGCUGA